AUGUCAGAAGCAGGAACUGCUGAUUCCCAGCACCCCGAUGCCCUGCCCAUUCCCGAUGAAAGCACGUGGGAGAUGCUGGUGGAUGCUUACAAAAAGGCCAAGAAAGAGAGCGAUAAACGCGAUGUUGCCUUGUUGGAACGAUUGACAUCGUCCAACCGCAGCGGAUUCCAUGUUGAUUUUGAAAUUCGUCACAUCCCGGGCAAGGGUCGUGGCCUGUUUGCAGCUCAAGAUAUACCCAAGGGAACCUGCGUCAGCGACGAUCGUACGGGCCGAUUUCGAACCGAACAGGAAUGGCGUGACUUUUUGGCCUUGUUGCCGCACGACUUAGCCAAGGAGAGUGUGGAUUGGGUCGGUGUGGAUGACUAUCGAAGCGGCGAAGCCGUGUACAUUGACUUGAGCGAAUCGAGUCUACUGAAUCAUGGUUUCUCUCGGAGAUCACUCCAAUGGUGGGAACGUUGUUUUCCCUGCUGCACCUGGCGCAAGGUGACCGCCACCGUCGAGGGCAAGUACUUUGAUGGGAUGUGGCAUAUGGUUGCUACACGAGAUUUAGAGGCAGGAGAGGAAUUGCUUUGUGACUACAACCAAUGCGGCAAUUACAAUCACAACCUUCCUUGGUACGAUGUCAUUUGCCAGGAGUAUUACCCUGGCAUAACCCGUUACGAUGAGUUGGAACGUUGGUGUAGAAAGAAGUAA